CUCCAUUGGCGCCGCCGAGGAGCCCCUCACGGAGGCCAUGAUGUCGGCGUGCGUGCGCAUGUUCGCUGUGAACCUCUUCAGGGUCUUCCCGCCCAAGGUCCGGUCAGGCAGCACCGCGUCGGAGACGGAGGAGGACGAGCCCUUCUUCGACCCCUCUUGGUACCACCUGCAAGUUGUGUAUGAAUUGCUUCUGCGGUUUGUGACCUCGCCAUUUGUUGACCCCAAGGUGGCUAGGAAGUAUGUGGACAGUUCGUUCAUCUCAAAGCUGCUUGACCUGUUUGAUUCUGAUGAUCCCAGAGAGAGGGACUGUUUGAAGACAGUGUUGCACAGGAUAUAUGGAAAAUUCAUGGGAAACCGACCGUUCAUCCGCAAGGCCGUGAGCAAUAUCUUCUAUAGGUUCGUCUCCGAGGCCGAUCAUCACAAUGGGAUAUCCGAGCUGCUGGAGGUGUUUGGCAGCGUGAUAAGUGGGUUUGCAAAGCCAUUGAAGGAGGAGCAUAAGUUGUUCCUAUGGAAAGCGUUGAUCCCACUUCACAAGCCUAAGACAGUGGGUGUAUAUCUGCCGCAGCUGACCUACUGCAUAACACAAUUUAUAGAGAAGGAACCCAAGCUUGCAGGAACUGUGAUUAGGGGUCUGUUGAAGUACUGGCCGGUUACAAAUAGUCAGAAGGAGAUGAUGUUCUUGGGGGAGUUAGAAGAAGUGCUUGAGUUGAUUGAUAUGGCUGAGUUUCAGAAGUGCAUGGUGCCAUUAUUCCGGAGGAUUGCGACUUGCCUCAAUAGCUCCCAUUUUCAGGUUGCUGAGAGAGCCUUAUUCUUGUGGAAUAAUGAACAUUUGUUCGAUAUGAUCUCCCAAAACCGUCAAGUGAUUGUGCCAAUCGUAUACCCAGCUCUGGAGAGAAAUGCACGUUUGCACUGGAACCAAUCGGUUCUCAACGUUACUAUGAAUGUGAGAAAAAUGUUCUUCGACAUGGACGAGAGAUUGCUUCUGUCUUGCCAGAGCAACUUCCAAGCGGACGAAGAGAAGCGAGCCGCGGCGGAGGAGCGUCGAAGGCUCACAUGGGAGCAACUGGAGCGGAACGCUGACCCUGCGUUCCAACCAGCCAAAGCGUCCCCUUCCGCAGCCCCUCCGAGAAUCCCCACCGUGACAUGACAUGGGUCCAAAUAUACUCCACCCCACCUUCCCUUGCUUCCUAGCUAGCUAGAUGAAGUUGCUUGCUUCUCUGGGAUACAGAAGGCGUUUUGUUACCUUUGUAAACCCCCACCCUUGCCACAAAGUCUGUAAUUAAUAGUUGUUGAUUCGAAGACAAUGGAUUCUUGAUUUUUUUUGGUUAUUUUUGCGGCGAAUUCUCGAGUAAUGGGCAUUGCUUUCUUGGCAAAAUCUUGAUCGAGAUUUACCCCCCAGUGUUCUGUGAAGAGUGGGCGCUACUGACUUUGUAUGUGAGGAGUGGCAAUUUUGCAGCCAUUUUUUUGUAUGUGAAAUUUCCGUUCUUUUUA